GUGGAAAGCAGUGGCCCCUGUUCUCAUCCUGGACGUAAAGAUACUAUUGCCAUGAUUCGCUUUAUUCUGAUUCAGAAUCGGGCUGGCAAGACACGUCUGGCCAAGUGGUAUAUGCAGUUUGAUGACGACGAGAAGCAGAAGCUUAUUGAAGAAGUCCAUGCGGUUGUUACCGUGCGGGAUGCAAAGCACACCAACUUUGUCGAGUUCCGCAACUUCAAAAUAAUCUACAGACGCUACGCGGGGCUCUACUUCUGCAUUUGUGUGGAUGUGAAUGACAAUAAUCUGGCCUACCUGGAAGCCAUUCACAAUUUUGUGGAGGUUUUGAAUGAAUAUUUCCACAACGUCUGUGAACUCGACCUGGUCUUCAACUUCUACAAGGUUUACACCGUGGUAGAUGAGAUGUUCUUAGCCGGUGAGAUCCGGGAGACCAGCCAAACGAAGGUCUUGAAGCAGCUGCUUAUGUUGCAGUCCCUAGAAUGAGAGACGGAGAAAGAAACCGAUCA